AUGAAGCCAGCAGAGAUCACAUUCUCUCUACAGAGACCUCUACAGCACACAGGUCCAGACAUGGCACCUACAGCCACUGCAGCACUCAGCACUUCUCAGGAGCACCUGACUCUCAGCCACAAGCUCAGAAAGCCUCUGGUGGAGAAGUUACGCAGAGAGCGAAUCAACAGCAGCAUCGAGCAGCUCAAGUCUCUCCUGGGUCCAGAGUUCCUCAAACAUCAGCCAGACUCCAAACUGGAGAAAGCAGACAUCCUGGAGAUGACCGUUUGCUUCCUGAGCCAGCUGCAGCAGAAGAGCCAACAACAAGGAAGACUCCUGAAGCACUUCCACAAGCUUCAGUCCUCCUCUGAGAAGAAGCUGGGAGAGAUGGACUUCUCUCCACUGAGCUCCACAGUCCAGACCAGCGUCAGCACAGAGAAGAGUCCAGGCGACAGCGGCCCCUGGAGGCCCUGGUAGACACCCAGACUGGAGCGCUGAGAUGACCAUAUUGGUCAGAGAUGAUGCACUGAACUCUGGGAAGUGUUCUUCAGUGGUUCUUCUGAAUGUUCAGAAGGAACUUUAUGAUGAUGUUUGUGGAGGAAGUGACAUCACAGACCUCUUUCAAGUGAAGAUGGAAACAUCUCAUCAUGCAUGUUGCAUGAAUCUUAACUCACUUCAUGAGUGGUGAUUAUGGAUGGUUGGACUUCCUGUAUUGGAAGUGUGGUAUUGAUCACUGUGAUCAGAAAUAUCUCUUUGGAAUUGACAGAAUGUUAUUAUUGAUUUUUGAUCAAUGAAUCUGGGCCUGAUCUGUUUUAAGAUCACAAUGUUUGUUUUUCUUUCUAAAUCGUUGGUUGAACAUCACAGAGUCACUGUUUGUCAGUGAGUCAGUUUGUGAGUCACCACAUGUCACUGAUUGUUCUCAAAUGCAGUGAAAUAUUGAAGCUUUGAUUGACAGUGAUCAGAAGUAUUGAUUGUCUUUUUAUAGACGGGGACUUCACUUCAUGAUGAUCUGUUUUAAGAUCCAUUUUUAUCCUUUUGUUGACAAAAGGUCCGACUCAUGUCACAGUUCUACAGUGAUGAUUUAUUGUUUGUGUUUGCAAAAUGAGUGUUUUAUAGACAACAAUGUGAUCUGUUUUAAGAUCAAUGUUCUGAGCUUUUCUACAUUUGGAUCAAAUGUGUCAAGAUGUUGGCAGUGAGUCGUGUCCUCAGAUACUGUCACAGGUUUGUCUUUGAUAAAGACGACUGAACCUUCACUCUCUGUGAGUCCAGAGUGUCUUGUAGAAAUCUACAAGCUGUUGUUGUGAUGAGUCAUCACUCUUCUUCAGGGGUCCAUCUUC